AUGAGAACGAUCAGCGUCGUCGAGGACGUCGAGCAGGAAGGGGAAGACAGGCAAUCGAAAGGCUUGGAUGGCCGGCACGAGAGCCGGCGAGUUCCGGUCGGAGUGUCAAGAAUGUCAACCGCUUUGCCGCGCUUGAAGGAGUCGAUGAGCUCGCUCGAAAUGCUUGGCCCAGGAGGUGGUGUUGUGGAAGCCAACAAACAAAUGUCAAAGAGCUCCGUCCUACGCUCUUAA